AUGAAAUAUGUUGUAGGGAGCAUCAAGAUUGAACAGGUGGAAAGGGGAAAAAUAAAUAAGAUAUACAUCCCAAGGACAUCUGGGCUAGAUCCUUCAGAGUUUAUAUUGGUGGACAGUAAGUAUGCCUUUAAGUUUGACUUUACCGAUGGAUGCAAUGCCCAGCUGAGCAAGAUUCAAAGGGAAUUUCUAAACAAAAGUGUUGGGAAAGAUGAGAUAAGUGUCAAACACCUGAAUGUUGUUGAAUGCGAUCCAAUCUCUCUCUUAAAGCUCGACAUAGAGAUCAUCAAUCUGGAAAAGGUUGAUCUCGAUGCAAAAGAGCUUGUUGAGAAGUUCAAGAACAUUUAUGUAUCCUUUCCAUUUAACAUCGAUCAAAAGUUUUACUUGUACAUUGGAGACCUAGGAUUUAAGGUGUUUGUUCGGGAGAUGUUCACUGCUCUGGAUAAGAGGUAUGGAAUUCUUCUGAAGAACACGGAAGUUUUUAUCAACUCUGUCUCGGAGAGGCUGGUUUUGUCAAACAACUCUAGAGAAAACAUGCUGUUGGAUCCAAACUUCAACUUUGAAUCUCUUGGGAUUGGAGGACUAAAGCAGGAGUUUGGAAAGAUGUUCAGGAGAGCAUUUGUACAAAGGGCAUUUGACUCAGAUGUGAUCAAAAAGUUUGGAAUACCUCAUGUAAAGGGAAUAAUCCUGUACGGGCCUCCAGGGACAGGAAAGACAUUAAUUGCAAGGAAACUUGGAUCUCUUCUCAAUGCCAGGCCACCAAAGAUAGUAAAUGGCCCGGAAAUUCUCAACAAAUAUGUUGGGCAGAGCGAAGAAAACAUUAGGAACUUGUUUAAGGAUGCUGAAGAGGAAUGGAAAGUAAAGAAGGAGGACAGCAAUCUUCAUAUCAUAAUAUUCGAUGAGAUUGACGCGAUCUGUAGAAGAAGAGGAAACAGCAGUGGAGCAGGAGUUGGAGACCAAGUAGUCAAUCAACUUCUUAGUAAGAUGGAUGGAGUGGAGUCGAUAGAAAACAUCCUGGUUAUCGGGAUGACUAAUAGGCUGGACCUGAUUGACGAGGCUCUACUCAGGCCAGGGAGAUUUGAGAUUCAUCUGGAGAUUUCCCUUCCUGACGAAGAAUCCAGAAUUGAAAUCUUUAGGAUACAUACAAAAACGAUGGAAAGCCACGACUACCUGGACAAAAGCGUUGACUUAAACAAAAUAGCCAAACUUUCGAAAAACUAUACAGGAGCGGAGAUAACAGCAGUUGUAAAGAGUGCUGUCUCCUUUGCUUUGGAGAGAAAGGUCCAUGGAGAGAAGGACGAUAAAGAAAGAAUGAGUGUUGUCGGAGACAAGAAUAUCAAGGUCUAUAUGAAUGACUUUAUUCAAGCACUCGAUGAGGUUAAGCCUUCCUUCGGGAUAAACGAGCAGGAUUUCUACAGAUUCGAAAAGACCUUUUACGAGACUCCUAUAUUCACCCAGGGAAUCGAACAUGGCAAGAAUCUCCUUCAAAAGCUAAGAAAGACAAAUCUUUACUCCACAUCUUCUCUGCUGUUCCAUGGAUUUCCAGGAACAGGUAAAACAACGCUAGCUGUGAAAGCAGCAAGAUCUUCGAUGUUUCCGUUUAUAAAGAUUAUUUCGCCAAGAGACAUCAUAGGACUAAGCGAGUACGAGAAGGUGAACUAUAUAAAAGGGAAGUUUAUGGAUGCAUAUAAGUCUGAAGAGGCCAUAGUAAUCCUGGACGAUAUUGAAGGACUUAUUGACUUUGUAAACAUAGGACCUAGGUUUAGUAACGCCGUAUUGCAAGCACUGAAGAUAUUCAUCAAGGAAGAGAGCAAAAAGAAGAUGUUUGUGUUUGGUACUACAAGCUCGAUUGAGGUCAUGAAGGAAUGUGGUAUCUAUGAAUGUUUCCAGUCUUCAUAUGAAGUUGAAAAAAUUGGGUUUCCCGAUUAUGAGAUCUUAUGCAAUCAGAAUCCUUGCUUCUCCGACAUAUGUUACGAAGAGCCCAUGUCAAUCAAACAACUUCUCUCUCUCCUUGACGAGCCCGACGUCUCUUUCCAGUAA